AUGUCAUAUAAACGCUCCCGCGCAACCUACGAAGCCGAUUCCAAUGCACCCUUUGCAACGUUCGGCACUCCUCUCCCCGAUGACCCCGAAGCCCGAGACGAUGGCUCAUUCGUUCCGGUAUGGAAACAGGAGGUGAGGGAUGAGAGGGGACGGAAACGAUUGCAUGGCGCGUUUACGGGUGGAUGGAGUGCAGGAUAUUUUAACACUGUUGGAUCCAAAGAGGGAUGGACUCCAUCGACAUUCGUAUCGAGUCGGAAUAGACAAAAAGAUGGCACAACCCAAGCACAGCAGCGACCAGAAGACUACAUGGACGAAGAGGAUCUUGCUGAUGCUGCAGAAGCUCAGAAAGUCCAGACUUCUCAAGCAUUCGCUGGUCUCGGGUCUUCUGACCAGAAUAACAGCUCUGGAGGGUUAAUGGGUUUGCUGAGAGCUGAAGGAGACACCAUGGGCCUAAAGCUGUUACGGCGCAUGGGCUGGAAGGACGGACAAGGCAUCGGCCCCAAGAUUCGAAGAAGUGCUAGGCUCGAUGCUGGACAAAAGAAUCCCGAAACUGCCGGAACGCAUUUGUUUGCGCCAGAUAAUACUGAGAUGAUUCGAUUUAUACGCAAGAGCGACCGGAAAGGAUUAGGCCAUGAUGGCGAAGCAAAGUUGUCAAGUCUCAACGCGAUUACAGCUGCAGCCGACGAAGAUGACGACGAUGACAGCAAUAGCUUCGAAACCUCGCUUCAAAACACAUCUUUGUUUUCCUCACAAAAAUCGAAGACGAAACCAGCGCGUGGUGGAAUAGGAGUGGGUAUUCUGAACGACAAUGGGUCCGAUGAAGAAGACCCUUACGAGAUAGGACCCAAAAUCCGGUAUAAUCGCGUCGUUGGCGGUGACAAGAAAAAGAAAAAGGCGAAGAAAGCAUCCGCUGCAAUUAACCCUGCACUGAAAAACGCCCCCGUCUUUGUGUCUCGAUCAGCUCGGGCUGGCAAUGGUCUUGGGAGGUGUCAUGAUGGGCGAUUACCGCUUGAUGGUUUCGUACUAGCCAAGAUUACGGAGGAUUUUUCUGAUCUAUUGUUGGAGUAUGCGCCGCCUCCAGUCCCAGAAGGAUGGGUAUCGUCCAAGACAUCUUCAGACCAGGCCAAUCCUUCGGACUAUAAGUCGACAGCUGAUGCUGCGAAAGCAUCCACCCAUGAUGCAAAGUCAAGGGCAGUGCUUCUUGGGGAAAAGAGCUUGCCAGGUAAAUCUGUCUUUGACUUCAUAACCAGCUCAGCACGCGAUCGACUUGCUACAGCAUCUGGGAACAAAAGCCUACCACAAGGUUUGGGAGAAAUACCCGAAGGGUAUGUUGUGUCAGAUGAAGAAAGGCAACAGGCAGUCUGGGACCAAGCAGCCAAGCUGGACCGAGAAACGGCCAUCGCAGCUAUCUCACGGGGCUCAUCUGGGCCUUACGCAGACAAUGAGGAGAAAAAAGCACGUUAUAGGACCUAUUUGGAACACUUUGCCACAGGCAGUCAACCGCUACCACACAAACCCCAAGGCAUGGCUUACGAUGAUUUUGCAAGAGAGCUAUCGGAAUUCCAUAAUUGCGCCAGGAUAUUCAAACCAAUGACAGGGUUUAUGGCAUCUCGUUUUACCACAGCAAAGAAGCCAUCGGCCGUCUCAACAAACGACUCUGAGACAGACCUGUUAUCGAAACCAGAACCCAAGGUAACUGAUCCAGCAGAAGACGCAGCCAAGGUCGGCAUGUACGGCAAGAUGACUCGUAAAGUCGAGAACUUUUACCCAACCAGAUUGCUGUGCAAACGGUUCAAUGUUAGACCGCCCGCACAUUCUCAACCAGAUACUCAGGCGGGAGCUGGUUCUGGUGCAAGAAAUCAUGAAGAUACGAGACCUAUGGAUGACGUCGAAAUCAGUUCAAGGUCGCCCAUGGAUGUCAAAAUGAUCGAAGGCGCCCCUGCAGGAACUGUGCCACCGGUUCCUGUACCUGAACCAGCCAUCAAUCCAGACAAGAACGAAGCAGUAGAAGGAAAGACAGCACAUGAUGAAGUCCUUCGAGCGAUUUUCGGAGAUAGUGACAGCGAAUAG